UUUGACAAUGUCAAAUGUACAUAUAAGUUACAUUUGAUUUUGAUUAUAUCGUAUUAAAUAACCUUAGACCAUCAUUAUGUAUGAAUUAUUAGGAAAUAUUAAAUAAAGUUAUUGGAAGUUAUCAUUGCAAUGGAAUUUAUUAGACGAAGUAUAGUUAAUUUGAGACGGUAUCCACGUCGUUUUCAUUACUGUGGACUUGGGCACAAUUACUGCACCAAGAAAAGUGAAGCAGAAAGCGAAGAGUGGCCUCGCCGCGUGAUAACAGGAUUGCAGCCUACGGGGGCGCUACAUGUUGGCAAUUAUUUUGGCGCUCUGCGACGAUGCGUACAGUUGCAGGAUGCCGGCGAAGACCUCAUGAUCUUCAUAGCUGACCUACAUUCCCUUACAACGCAUCAUAACCCACAGGCGCUGCGGGAUAACUCCCUGGAGCUGGCGGCGCUGGUGCUGGCGGCGGGCGUGGACCCGGAGCGCAGCGUGGUGUUCACGCAGUCGGCGGUGCCGCGGCACGCGGAGCUGUGCUGGCUGCUGGCGUGCCUCGCCACGCAGGCUCGGCUCGCGCACCUGCCGCAGUACAAGGAGAAGGCCGCCGCGCUCAAGGAGGUCCCGCUGGGGCUGCUGCUGUACCCGGUGCUGCAGGCGGCCGACGUGCUCGUGUACGGCGCCACGCACGUGGCCGUGGGCGCCGAUCAGGCGCAACAUCUUCAGGUGGCGGCGCAGCUCGUACGCACGUUCCGUCACCGCUAUGGCUGCCAGCCUUUCCCCACGCCGCGCGCGCUACUGCCUGGUGAUGACGGCAGUGACCGUUUACGCAGUCUUCGAGACCCUUCAAAAAAGAUGUCUAAAUCGGAUCCAGAUCCUAAAUCUCGGAUACUGCUGACCGACUCUGACGAUGUUAUCGCUCUUAAGAUCAGAAAAGCUGUUACAGAUUUUACACCCCAGGUGACGUACGACCCGGAGCGGCGGCCGGGCGUGGCGAGCCUGGUGGCGCUGCACUGCCUGGCGGGCGGGCUGUCGGCCGAGGAGGCGGUGGAGGCGGCGGGCGGGCUCACCACCGCGCAGUACAAGCGGCUGGUGGCGCGCGCGCUGGCCGCCGAGCUGGCGCCGCUGCGGGCGCGCGCCGAGUCGCUGCGCGCGAAGCCCCGCCUGGUGCGGCACGUGCUGCGGGCCGGCGCGGCACGUGCGCGGCGCCGCGCCGACCACGUGUACGCGCGCGUGGCCGCCGCCGUCGGCCUGCUGCCGCCCGCUCGCUAGUCGCAGCAGUGCAUCUCGCACACCAUACAGACGCUCGCAUGUCACGUACUAUAAGUGUUUAUAUUUUACGACCACUAGGAUAGUCUCAAUGAAACUAGGAUUAAACGAAAUCGAUACAACUAUAAUUAAAAUAGGCACAAUUAUGCAGGGACUAUUAUCUCUAUUCCUAAUUACGCUCGCUUUCGAUAUCGGCGUUAUCGCGAUCGCGCAUUUACAUUAUGUGUAUAGUUAAUAUAUUUUUUCUUUGCGUCCCACCUGGAGUAGUGAUUCUGAGCUAUGAAUACAUUAGCAUCUAUCUGAACCGACUACAUCACGACCGAUAUAUAUAUAUAUAUAAACGUCAAGAACUGGCCGGAAUAAAAUGAAAUAACAUACAAACCCUGCUCCAUUUACUAGGCCAUUUUCAGUUAGCCAUGAAUGAUUUUGUAAAUAUAAAAAUUCAUUCAAUGCAUAUUGUUAGUUUCUUUACUAUUGUACAUAUAUAAUAAAACAAAGCAAAUGUUGAAUUAUGAAAUAGAAAAGUUGUGAAUAAAUUCUAUUGAUAGUUAAUGUGGAAUAUCAUUUAAACAUAUGUAUAUGAAUAGUUAUCUAUCUUUUUAUAAUUUUUAUUUAAUGGGACA